AUGCAUUGCUACGGGAAACAGUGUAAAUGUCGAAUGGUCCAUUUGGAGCACUUGUUAUCAUCAAUAGAAAAGAAGAUGAAACGGUUAGAGGAUAUCGAGAGAGUGUUGCGGAAGGAAGUCGAAAGUGACAUGAAAGAUUUUUCGAUACUUGUUGGCAUCAGAGAUAGAAAGUUGUUGUUGUGCAAGAUUAGAACUGUAAGAAAGAAUUUAAGAAAAAUCUCCCUCCUCAAGGUCAGGUUAAUCGCUCAAAUGAGAAGAGGACUUGAUAUGGUUUCUUAUGAAAACCAACAAAGACUUAUAACAUGUUUGUCACUGGAACACCGAGUUGUAAUUAGACUUCGAAAGGUUGAAAUAAAGGAAGAGUCAACAUUUGUCCAAUCAAGUGUACCAUCAGAAGUCCCUUCGGAAUCCAAAUCGAAGAGUGAGGUCGUUAAAAACGAAUCAUCAGAAGUGGUGAAGAAAGAAAGCUCCUCUGUUGUUAAUAAAGUGUCGUCGAAUCCUCCACAUGUUAGUAGUGAUGUGCCAAAUCCACCAAAACAAGAAUCAUCAACUAUUCAAAUACAAAGUUCAAGUAAUCCACCAAAGCACCAAUCUUCAAGUGUGCCAAGUCACUCAUCGAAUAUUCCAAAUCAGUCCUCUGGUGUACCAACACAUUCAUCCAGUAUACCAAAUCACUCGUCUAGUAUUCCAAAUCAUUCUUCGAGUGUUCCUAACCAUUCGUCUGAUGUACCAAAACAUGAGUCUUCUAAUAUUCCCAACCAAUCAUCUGGUAUUCCGAGUCACUCGUCGAGUAUUCCAAAUCAAUCAUCUGGUGUGCCAAGUCAUUCUUCAAAUAUUCCCAACCAUUCAUCAAGCAUACCUAACCAAUCCUCUGGUGUACCAACACAUUCAUCCAGUAUUCCAAAUCAAUCAUCUGGUGUUCCAAGUCAUUCAUCAAAUAUACCAAAUCAGUCUUCGGAUAUUCCAACACAUUCAUCAAGCAUACCAAACCACUCAUCCAGUGUUCCCAACCAUUCGUCUUCGGGUGUUCCAAAUCAGUCCUCUGGUGUACCAAACAAUUCGGAGCAACCACCAAAAGAUUCGGAAAUUCCACCACCUGGAGACAAUUCAGAACAACCACCAAAAGACUCGUCUUCAACAACCCCACCAUUCUCAGAAGUACCAAAUAGCUCAGAACCCCCACACAAACACGAUUCAUUCAACCCACCAAAAAUUGAUUCAGAAAUCCCGCCACCACCUUAUUCCGACAAUCCACCACAUAAGGAAGAAGAGUUCUCGGAGCCACCAAAAGAGAAGUGCGAGAAGAAGAAGGAUAUCUUUAAGGAGGAGAAAGAGAAGUGUGACAAACCGAAGCGCGACAUCUUUGUGAAGUAUCAUACUAAAUGUGGCAAAAAGAGAGAUGAGUUUGGUAAGAUCACAAAAAGUGAGAAGUGUGAACGACAACACGAAGUGAAAAUAGGCCGUAUUACUGAAAAGUGUGACAAAGUGAAGUCUAAGUUUGAUAAAUUCAAGUGA